AUGGUUCAAUCCCUAGCCCUACCUGCCGGAAUUUCCUUCUCUUUUGCUCUUCAGAAUACUUCUACUUCCACCGCCGGCUUCUCCGAUCGUCGUGUCUUAUUUCUCCGAAAGAAUACACGCAGAGCAUCGAUAUAUGCUGCCGCCGUUGCGGAGGCUCCACCGGCAUUGAAGAGGAGAACACCGGCGAGUCUUUACGAGGUGCUAAGGGUAAAAGAAAAUGCAUCAGCGAAAGAGAUUAAGGCAGCUUACCGGAAUUUGGCUAAGCUAUACCAUCCCGACGCUGCCUCUCGGCCGGAGGAAUCUUCCGACGACCGGCAUUUCAUUGAGAUACACGACGCUUACGUGACGCUAUCUGAUCCUGUGUCUAGGGCUCUAUACGACGUGAAGUUAAGCGCGGUCUCCCCUCGACGAGGUUUUGGGAGCUCCGACGACGGAGUUCGGAUCUAUGGGUCUGAGUUUUACCCGGCCCGAAGAUGGGAAACGGAUCAGUGUUGGUGA